CUCUGGCUACUCAUAUUUCAUAGCAGACAUAGCCGCAUUAUCUAAUGGCGUCUUGAUUGAUUACUUGGUGAUACACUCAAAUGUUUUCUUUAUCAUUCAUACACUCUCAUCAUAGUCAAUUCGCGUAUUACUGAAUAUUUAUAUAUGCACACUCGUUUGUGUUUGUUCAGAUCAAUUGAGGACUCACUCUCCUUCCUUUUGAGUCCUUUGCCUCAACGUAAGCCUAGGGGUCCAAUUAUCUGUGCCAUUCUCUAUGAAAUAUAUUAUUUGUUACAUAAUAAAACACCUCCUCCUCCCUCC